UUUCCUUGGCACAGCGGAGAGGCUAGAGCACGAACCCUCCCAGGCCAGGCCUUCAGCGUCCUGGGUGUCUUCUCCAGCCAGGAGCCCCAGGGGUCCCUAGAUGCAGGAGACAAUCUCUCAGAGACAGCCCCACCUGACGCUGCCUAGGCCUCCCUGUGCACCCGCUCACUGCUCCAGGAGACUGACCAGCGGCCCCCUUGCAGGGGAUGAUCAGCCUCGACUAUCGGCCUGCCCACGAAGGAUGCUAGUUGUGUGGCCUGGGGCUGAGUUUCACAAGCUGGUCCAGCCCCUCCAUGCGUGCGUCCUACACGUGCCUAGACCAGUGCCAGCGCGGCACACACUAGGGCCUCGCAUGCAGGCACGUGAUCUCACACGGCAGCAGAGGACGGACAGACGCGCACCCAGUGUCCACACGGAGAGAACACCGGUUGCCCACAAGGGGCUCGGACAGAGCAGGAAUUUGCAUUUACGGAGCCUUUUCUGCCGCCCGCACCGCUGGCUGAAGAGCAUGACGGUCUCCGGGGUCCAGGCUGCACCCAGUCGUUCGGGUGGCUGCAAAAUGAGGGGCGCUUCAGCACCCCCCAAGUGUCCCACAGGAGGUCUGUCCAUCCCCUGCACCAGGGGAGCUCCGGUGGGCAGGGGUCUUUGUAGAGGAAGAUACUGGGGCUCUGACAUGAGUGGCAUGUUCCCCAAUCUUCUUCAGCGCUCAGCUUUUUUAACCAAUAAAGUGGGGUUCCCGCUGGGGCAGGAUCACGCCUUCCCCCUCAGUGUUCUCCUGGGUCAGCUGAGCCGGGUGGGCUGCUCACCCGAGCUCACCCAGCCCACGCAGGACCUGGAGGGGGUACAGACACCCACCUGCCUUUCUGCCCACGCCCAGCCAGCCCCGAACAGCAGUACCAGCUCCUCCAACCAGGCACCCACAUGCCCGGGCAGCGGUGCUGACUCACAAGAAGCCACCGCCCCUGGCAGGCGUCUGUCAAGCAGUGUGUUCCUGGGGAGGGGACAGGGGACAGGGUCAAAGCUGCCCCCCCCCCCCCGCUGCCCUCAGAGUCCAGUGGCUGCCACGCAGAUGGAGAAACUUAGCCAGAGAGAGAGGGCCUCCUGAGGUGGGCAUCGAGUACCAGGCUAGGUCCUGGGCAUGGCUGCUGGGAGGCCACCGCAUGGACCCCCGCCCCAGGUGUGGACAGCGUGGAGGGGUGGGGAGCCCAGACUAAGUGCCAGAGCUCGGCACCUUGGAGGAGCGGGUUUGGCCUUCUGUUCCUAGAUCGCUGUGAGGGCUGGGGGACCCGGGGGGGGGCAGUGAGGGUGAGGGGGGCAGCAGCUAGGGACCGGGCACCCGGGAGAGGGCUGGCUGCUGUGGGGAGGCAGCUUCAGGACAGCCCUGCCAGCAUCAGCACAGGGGCUGGGGUGCUUCUGGGCCCAGAGCCAGUGAGGGCGCGGGGGCGGGGUGCAGAGAGCGAGCUUGUCUUCCUUGGGGAAGGCGGGCACAACGGCAGGAGCGGGGCUCCGGAACUGGGAGGCAGGGGCUGCCAUGCUGUAUUUUUAGCUCCAAAUUUUUCCACUGCCUGGCAACUCUUAUAUUGCGUUUCCUGCAGCAAAUUCCCUAGAGCUCGGGGGCAGCCGGGGCCGGCGGCGGGCUUGGGGGAAGCCCCUGGAGCGGGUUCCUCCCCGGAUCCCCCCCCCCAUCACCUUGGUUCCUUUUGAGCCUCUAGGGCACGCAGCCCCUUCCCCACCAGGAUGUGAGCCCUCAGAGGACUUGCGUGGUUCACCCACCACGGGGUCACCCCAGGCCGGGGGCCCGGGCACAGCGGGCCUUGGGGAAGGAGGAGCAGCUGAGCGCCAACCCGCCGCCCACCCAUCCACAGGUGCAGAGUGCAGAGGGCCCUGGCCACGUGUUGGUGUCCUCACCAGCCCCUGGACCACCUCACGGGCCGGGACCGGCAGCCAGCAGUCCUAGGACGGAGCAUGGGGCCUGUGGCUCCCAAGCCCUCACCUGACCGCCUCGCCCCCGUGUGUGAGGAGGCCUGCCGGGCCACUGUCCACCCAGCAACAAGACAAGAGGGGCUGCUGGGGGGGCGGAUGGGCACCAAGACCUUCACGGCGCUGCUGAAUUAAAAACGGAGACGGGAAGUAGGACAUCAAGUCGUACUGUGCAGGAUUUCUGCCAUCCAGCAAGUCCCACCAGACACACUCCUGAAACCUAACACAAGUUGCAUCUGGGGUGACUGUGGUCAUUUUCAUAAUUAGAAAGAGGAAGAGCACAGAGAGAGAAAAGACCUACAGUCUCUGAAGGGCAGUGGGCUCAGCGCAGGUCACCAGGGAGGCAGGGCGGAGCUCUGCUGGUCUCCUCUGCGAGGUACAGCUACGCAGGGAGGAGGACCGAGGGUGCAGGGCUGGGCGGGCUGGCGCGGAGAGCCCGGCGACCCUGCCGGUCAGGGAGGCCAGGCCUGGACGUGGGCCACUGGGGGGCAGGUGGGACGGCCAGCGGACACACGGUGCCCAGGCCGGGCCUGUUUGUGCCCUCCCUGGGUCCUGGCCUCCGGGGCUAGGACUGGAAGUGGUUGGAAGCACAGAAAGCUGCAGAGAGGGCUGCCCUGGGGUUGAGGAUGAAUUUGGGCAAACAGGAAACGCCGGCUAGAAAGUAGCGGGGGGCCCUGGGCCUGCCGUUGCCCUUGGCCCCUGGGAGGAGGGUG